UCUUGUCCUUCAGCGAGUGGUUCUAAGAUGCCAUGGAACUUAUCGGGGCCUCGAAAGGUUGAAUUGCAUCCAAUGAGUGAUGUCUACAUUGAAUCAUGCGAGUUAGAGUACCUCAAAACCAAAUACACUUAUGACUCGAAAGAAAUGUCGAGACAGAUUUUCAAGAAAGUUAUUGGGACAGACAAUCUACUAAAAAUGAGCCGCACGGGUGGAAACGGGUGGACACGGUUGCCAAAUGAUGUAUUAACUGCUGUUUACGGUUUUAUUUCAAAGAAUGCUCGGCCAAAACUGUCAGCAGCUGAAUUUGAACGGUGUGUCACCCUCAUGUUUACUUCCCUGAGACCUGGACAGCAAAAAAAGUAAAAUCAAAUAAGAAGAAAGUACUGAUUAAGCGGC